CGCGGGGGGGCGGUGGCGGGAGCGCGGGCGGCGGCGGCGGCUCCGCCCCCGGCGCACCGGGACCGGGGUUGAGGCCUGGGCGGCCCUCCCCAUGAGGGUGGAGGGUCGCCGCUGUGGCUUAGCCCGGUUCCCGAUAACCCCGCCCGGUAAUCCCCCCAUACCCUCCGGUAACGCCCCAGUAACUCCCAGUAAUCCCCGGUAACUCUCCGGUACCCCCCUGUAACCCUCUGUAACCACUGUUACCACCCACGGUAACCCCCUGUAACGUCCAGUACCCCCCAUUACCCCCUAGUAGCCCCCGUUACCCCCCUGGAGCCCCCACUGCAACCCCCUAGUAACCCCCAGUAACUCCCCUGUACCCCCAGUAACCCCCCAAUACCCCCCCAGUAACUCCAGCCCCCACUUUUUCAGCCCUUGAUGGCAGACCAGGGGUCCUGGCACCCCCCAGGCCCCUCUAGUUCCCCUAGCUCCCCCAGUAACCCCCCCUUUUAGCCCAGGAUGGCAGAUGGGGGGUCCUGGCAGACCCUCAGUGGGGUGCAGAAGGCUGCAGUUCUUCUGGGGGUCCCUGCUGCUGCCACCGUGUGUUACAUUCUGUACCGACGCUAUCGGGACACCAGAGAGUCUCCCAUGACCUACGUGGGGGACGAGGGGCUGGAGGUCGAGGUGAGGGUCCCCCGGAGAGCCGUGAAGUCCCUCAUUGGGCGCCGCGGGACCACCAUCAACCAGCUGAGGCGGGAGACGGGCGCCCACAUUGUGGUACAGGAGGAGGAGGAGGAGGAGGGGGAGCCAGUGGUGCAGAUCUGGGGGUCCCCAGCCCAGGUGUGCCGUGCCAAGGCCGCCGUCCUGCGCCUCGUGGCUGACAGCACCCCCGUGGCUGAGCAGCUGCACGUGCCCUGCAGGGCUGUCGGCAGGAUCAUCGGCCGGGGAGGGGAGACAGUGCGCGGGAUCUGCCGGCUCUCGGGGGCCAGGGUGGAUUGCGGGCGCGAUCCCGAGGCCAGCCUGGCCCCAAUCCGGGUCAUCCAGCUCUCAGGAACACGCAAGGAGGUGGAGGCUGCCAAGAGGCUGAUCCUGGAGAAGCUGUCGGAGGACGCGGCGUUCCGCAGGGACCUGGCGCAGGCGGCUGCCGCCAGGUGCCCUCGGAAGCAGCCCCUGGGCAGCCGCCGGGACACGGAGCCACUUCCCACUAGGGUAGCGGAGCAGUGGGAUGUGGAGUGGGGGGAAAGAGUGAUCCCAGCACAGCAGUUGCAGGAUUGGAGCGAGGAGACGAUAGAGACGGAGUCCAAGGAUGGGAACGAGGAGACAGAGGUUGGGAAAGAGCUGAAGGAGCUGGAAAAUGGGAAUGAGGAGACAGAGAACGGGAACGAGGAGCUGUCAGUGCCAAAGUUUGAGGUUCCCAGCCCUGAUUUCAGCUUCCCUGCGGAUGAGCACCUGGAGGUGUAUGUGUCGGCCAUGGAGAAUCCCGGGCACUUCUGGAUCCAGAUCCUGGGCAGCCGCAGCCUCCAGCUGGACAAGCUCACGGCCGAGAUGCGCCAUUUCUACCACAGCAGCCCCCCCACCCCCCCCACAUCGGUGCGCCCCGGUGACAUCGUGGCCGCGCCAUACCUGGGGGAUGGUGACUGGUACCGUGCCCGCGUGCUGGGCAUGCUGGACAAUGGCCACUGGGACCUCUACUACGUAGACUUCGGGGACAACGGGGAGGCCCCCCAGGAGGCCCUGCGGACCCUCAGGGGGGAUUUCCUGAGCCUGCCUUUCCAGGCCAUCGAAUGCAGCCUGGCCGGGAUCAUCCCCUCAGGGAACGACUGGGAGGAGGCAGCUUUGGACGCGUUCGAGCAGCUCACGGGCUGUGCCCAGUGGGCCCCGCUGGUGGCCCAGCUCUGCAGCUACUGCCCUGCUGGGCUCUGCCCUCGGCCCAGCCUGCGCCUCUUCGCACACCGCGGCACACAGCGCCUGGAUGUGGGGGCGGAGCUGGUCCGUUUGGGAUAUGCCGUCCCAGGGCCCUCUGAGGAUGAGGAUGGGCUAGGUGGCCACAGUCCCCCUGCGCAGGAGGAGACCUCGGACAGUGUCACCUCUAUCCCGAGCCUUGUGUCCGACUCCCCCCGGAGCCCUGGGGAUGCCCCCGACACCUCGUCCUGCUGCAGCCUGCCCGAUGCCACCAGCCCUGUUUCCAGGGACACCGUCACUGUCACCUGAAGGUGUUCCCAGGGACUGGGAGCUGCUCGUGGUGACACCGUCACUGUCACCUGGAGCUGCUCCUGGUGACACUGUCGCUGUUCCCUGGAGCUGUUCCCAGUGACCCUGUCACUUGCCUGGAGCUGCUCCUGGUGACACCGUCACUGUCACCUGGAGCUGCUCCUGGUGACACUGUCGCUGUUCCCUGGAGCUGUUCCCAGUGACCCUGUCACUGUUGCCUGGAGCUGCUCCUGGUGACACCAUCACUGUUACCUGGAGAUGUCCUGGUGACACUAUCAUUGUCACCUGGAGCUGCACCCAGUGCCACUGUCAUUGUCACCUGGAGCAUCUCCCUGUAAUUGGGACACCGUAAUUGUCAACAGGAGAUGCUCCUGGUGACACCAUCGUCACCUGGGGCUGCUCCCAGUGACUCUGUCAUUGUCACCUGGAGCUGCCCCCAGUGCCACCGUCAUUGCCACCCAGUGCCACUGCGCCCCCGGACGGUCCCCCCGCCGGCCCCCGGGACUCCGGGGGUCUCCACUCGUGCCUGCCGUGGGGACACCUCCCCCGCCCCGGUGCCGGCCGCGUCCCCACUCCCCGGGAGCACGUGCUUCCUAGGAUUCUCCCUCUCUUCUGUGAGGGGGCGAGCUCUUCGUUGUCCUGGGUUAAUAAACGGAAGGUUUCUCAGCG